AUGGUCAAGCCCCUGUCGUUCAAGGGCGACAAGAAACCCAAGAAGAGAAAGCGCACCGAGGCUGAAGCCCAAGAGCGCGAUGCACAGAGCGGCGAGGUCGCCCGCGCCAGUGGUGUCGCGGGGGCGGAGGAGAACCCAGACGAUGAUGAUAGCUGGGUCUCUGCGGAUGCCGUGACAGACGUUGUUGGGCCCAUCAUGUUCGUGCUGCCGACGGACCCCCCUGCCGCGCUGGCGUGCGAUGCCGUCGGUAAGGUGUUUACGCUGGGGAUUGAGAACAUCGUCGACGCGAACCCGGCGACGGCAGAGCCCCACGACGUGCGGCAAGUGUGGGUCGCGAACAGGAUAACGGGUACGGAACAAUUCAGGUUCAAGGGCCACCACGGGCAAUACCUUGGAUGUGACAAGAACGGCGUGUUGUCCGCAACGUCGGCUGCGGUGUCGCCGCUCGAAUCAUUCAACAUCAUUGCGACAGCGGACACUCCCGGCACGUUCCAGAUCCAGACCCUGCGCGACACAUUCCUUACAAUCAAGCCGCCGAAGCCCAACGUUACGACGUCUGACGUCCGGGGUGACGAGGAGUCCAUCACAUUCAACACUACGUGGCGCAUCAGGAUGCAGGCGAGGUUCAAACCACGCCUCAAGGCGAGCAAGGAGGAGAAGGCCAAGGAGAAGAUCAGCCGCAAGGAACUCGAGGAGGCCGUAGGUCGCAGGCUCGAGGACGACGAAGUAAGGAAGCUGAAGAGAGCAAGGAGGGAGGGUGAUUAUCAUGAGCAGCUGCUUAUGCUGAAGGUCAAGGGGAAGCAUGACAAGUACGGCUAA